CGGAACUGGCCUGUUAAUGACUCUUCUUCCUGUUAUCAUUAACCAAUAUUUUGUUAAACACAAGACUACUGCCGUUGGCAUCGCAUGUGCAGGUGCAACAAUUGGAUCAUUUGCAAUGCCGCCAUUAAUCGAUUAUUUGUUAAAAGAGUAUGCGUUAUCCGGCUGUUUUUUACUUAUGAGCGGGAUUAUAUUAAACUCACUAGUUGGAAUAGCCCUAUUGAAGCCUCCAAUCAACAAGAAUAAAUGUAAUAUAUUCAAAGAAGAAACUAUGACAUUUAUGAGAGCUGAAUCAUAUCAAAACUAUAAAAAUGUUGAAGAUCCAUUUAUUAAAAGAAAUUCUCAAUAUGAAGUAAAGGAAGAUAAAUCAUCCGGCAUAUUCAUUCAGCAUGUAAAUAUGAUGAUUAUGGUAGCAAGAAACCCAAUGUUUGUCAUAAUAUCUUUAAAUUAUAUAAUAUUUUUCUUGUGUUAUAUGACAUAUUUAAUGAUUAUUGUGGAUUUUGCCAUGGAUUUAAAAAUAGAAGAAAAUGAUGCAUCGUUUUUAAUUUCCACUUUUUCUAUAUCUGAUAUGGUGGGCCGGUUAAGUUCUGGAUGGCUUACUGACCGAGGAUUUGUUAAAAGAAGACAUUUAGUUAUGGUUACCAUGAUCAUUAUUGGCGCCAUCCUUAGUAUAACACCGUGGAUGAGAACUUACAUUCAUUUAUCCGUAGUUGCUGUAAUUUAUGGUGUAUUGGUUGGAAGUACUCUAAUCGUGUUUUUUGCAUUAUUAGAAGAGUAUUUAGGUUUGGACAAUUUACCAACAGCAGUUGGUCUAAUGACUUUCUUUAAUGGUUGUGGAGCUUUCGUGACUCCUACUUUAACAGACAUAGUCCUAUAUAAUUAUAGAUUGAUUGUAAUUAUAUACAAUGGCAGUGAGAAGUGGUUAGAAUGCAAAGUGGAGAAAAAUGCCGCGUUUGCAUGCACAAACUAAACUUUGUUAAAAAUUGGAUUAAAUUACGAAACUACGCAAGACCCAUAUGUUUUCAGCGAUCAUUGUUAAGUUUACACUUAUUAUUUUAUUUAAAUAAAUGACUUUUUUUAUA